CCAAAGAACUGAUUCUGCUGAAACUGCAGACAAGAAGUAAACGAUCUGACAGAGGGAGAAAUAUUUCACAACUGAAGGAGCCAGCAAAAAAAUAUCUUGCGUUACACUAACAGAAGAUUUAACAGACGGAGUCACUGAAACUUUAACAGAAUAUAUGAGUCUGACAAAGUGAAGCUGGAACUGGGUGAAACGUGAAACUGAGUCUGACAAAGUGAAGCUGGAACUGGGUGAAAUGUGAAACUGAGUCUAAGUAGCAGGAACAAAUUUGGACUGACGAGAAAAACCUCUGGAGAACACUGAGAGAACGUUUGGAGGCCAGCCCUGCUGUAGUCCUGAAGAACAAAGGCUGAAGUCCAUCGAUCUAUCAGUCCAUUGAUCUAUCAAAGGAAAAUGGCUAUCAGGUCACCGAGAGACAAGUAUUUUGGCGUUUGGCUGAUUUUCUUCAUACUCGGUUUGGGAACGCUGCUGCCCUGGAAUUUCUUCAUGACUGCUACCAUGUACUUCACCAGCCGUCUGAAGGACUCCUCAUUGGUCCAUUAUUCAGCCAAUCAGACGGAGGCAGCGGGUGAACAUCGCAGCGUUCUGGAGGCCAAAUUCAACAACGUGAUGACGCUGUGCGCCAUGCUGCCGCUGCUCCUCUGCACCUGCCUCAACUCCUUCCUGCACUCACUUAUUCCUCAGCGUCUGCGUGUGAUGGGCAGUCUGAUCAUCAUUAUGUUUGUCUUCAUCGCUACCGCCAUCCUCGUCAAACUUCCUCUGGAGCCGCUGCCCUUCUUCUGCGUUACCAUGGUGAAGAUUGUCAUCAUUAACUCAUUUGGGGCAGUGCUUCAGGGCAGUCUGUUUGGGAUGGCUGGGUUGCUGCCAGCAUCAUAUACAACUCCAAUCAUGAGUGGUCAGGGACUUGCUGGAACCUUUGCUGCCUUCGCCAUGAUCUGCGCCAUCACAAGUGGCUCAGAGCUUCAUGACGCAGCAUUUGGGUAUUUCAUCACAGCCUGUGUUGUUAUUUUUCUGUCCAUCCUUUCCUACAUCCUGCUGCCUCGACUGGAGUUUUUCCAGUUUCAUCAGGACAGAAACAGGAAACAGAGAGCAGAUGAGGACAACUCAGUAAAUCUGAUGAACACAGAGAAUAAUGACGAAGCAGCUGAUCAGAAUAAACAACGCGUCCCCAUGAUAGAAAUCUUUAAGAAGAUAUGGCUGUUGGCUCUGUCAGUCUGUUUCACCUUUACCGUCACCAUUGGCACGUUUCCCGCCAUCACUGCCGACACCAAAUCCACCCUCGCUGACGGAGGAUUGUGGGAGCGGUACUUCAUCCCCGUCAGCUGCUUCCUGCUCUUUAACCUGUGUGACUGGGGUGGGCGGAGUUUAACAGCCAUCUGUAUGUGGCCCAGGAAGGACAGUCUGCUGCUUCCUGUGUCCAUCAUUUGUCGUCUCGUUUUCAUCCCUCUCUUCAUGUUGUGUAAUGUUCAACCUCGACUCAACCUGCCUGUCGUCUUCCAUCAUGAUGGCUGGUUCAUCUUCUUUAUGAUCCUCUUCGCCUUCAGUAACGGAUACCUGGCGAGUCUGUGCAUGUGCUUUGGUCCGGAGAACGUUCUUCCUCAUGAAUCCGAAUCAGCCGGAGCCAUCAUGGCCUUCUUUCUGUCUCUGGGUUUGGCUUCAGGGGCUGCUCUGUCCUUCCUCCUCAGAGCACUGGUUUAACUGGGACACUACGUCUUCAUCACUGG